AAGCUCCUCACCGCUUUCUCCCUCCUCCCGCCGCGUCCGUGGUCCAUCUGUCCACCGCCUUCAAAUUACAGCUGCUCUCAUCUCCUGCGCAGAGAAGCUAACGAGAGGGAGGUAGCGAAAGAAAGCGAAAGAUGAGUGAAGAAAAGCAGCAGGGGAAGACGCAGGUGGACUCCAAGGGAACGCAGGAGCUCCCUCUGGAGAGCAGUCCGUACGUCAACUACUCGGAUCUGGAAGACUACAAGCAGAAGGGUUACGGAACCCAUGGCCAUCUCGAGCCCGUCGAAAACUCUCGCACCGGCGGUACCACAGAGGGACCGACCAUAUCCGGCGGCGAUCUCGCUCGCUCUCAGGCUGAAGCCGCCGAAAACAAGAACCGCCAUGGCGCCGUCUAGUACUCUAUCUCUUUCUCUUUGAUUGGUGCGGUUAGGGUUCUUCAAUUCGGUUUUAGCGCGUCUUUUGUGGGGUUCGUGUUGAUCAGUUGAUGCAACUGCGUUGAUUUGGUGGUUUUGAUCUUGUAAUAACGGAUUUGAUGCAAUUUGUAGCAAUGCUUUGGCGGUUCUUGA